AUGCUCACCACCUCCCCGCGCCUCCACGUCCGGCGCCCCUCGCCCACGACAGCCGAGUUCACAGUAACAACACGCCCACCGCCGACCCUCACAAUCCGCCUCCUCUCUCUGUUCCUCCUAGCCCUGCGCAUCGUCGUCUUCUUCUCCUCCAUUCUCCUCGUUCACGCCGCCUGGGUCCAAUCGCCCUACGCCACAUCCACCUUCCUCACGCCCUCGCCCACACCGACAGCAUCACCUUACGACUCAGACGACGAUUACGCAGAAGAGCAAGAACCCACCUUCUUCUCAACCGCAACCCUCUCCCAAGCGAUCCGAAUGAUCGACGACUCCAUCCCGGGCCGUCUCGCACAGCGCCUCGCGUCCUCCGACACCAUCCCCCUCCCGCUGCUCAUCGGCGCCUGCGUCGUCGCCGCCUACGCCACUCUCCUGCGCACCCACACCACCGAGAGCCUGCUCGUCCUGCGCGGCCUCGGUAUUCAGACGAGCUCGGUCAGCGGGAGCUACCUCUCCGCCGCGGCGACGCGCUUUAUCCCCACCGAGAAGAUACAGGACGUGCUCGUCAACGAGGCGUUCAGGGGCUUCGAGGUCAGGUACUACCUCGUCGUCGUCGUCGAGGGGGAGGACGACCUCAUCGUCGUGUUCCCACGGAUCUUGCCCCGCAAGAAGAUUGUCGAGACGGUCUGGAGGGGUGUGAGGGGCUGUCUGUGGGAGGCGGAUGGAGGCGGUGGGUAUGUUGGUGGUGGUGGUGGCAGUCGUAGGAUAGACGAGAAAUGGUCGAGUUGA